AUGACAAUAUUCGCAGACAAAGCCGCCUUGAUGGCGCUAGGGCUAGAAGCAGUCAGACCUUCAAGCGCACUCGUAUACCAAGACUGCUACAUCUGCAAGAACCCACUUCAAGUCAACCUCCGCACUGCCGGACCUUCAUACGACGCGUACCACCCAGCAGUGCGUGUUGUAGCCUGCGGCCACAUGCAUGGUCAAGCUUGUCUCGAAGCAUGGCUCGACACCGGUAGCUCGUGCCCGACCUGCAGGAAAAAGCUCUUCGACACGCCCGGCUACUCGGUCAGCCAAGCCGACAUCAAAAGCGUCGUGCGCAAACUAGGCCGUCUAGUCAGCAUAGAACGCGUCAGGUCGUCUAUUGCCCGUGUGAUGAGCAAGCAAGAACUUGAGCGGGCUCAGCUCCGACGCACCCGCGAGAGGGAGCAGCUACAGAAGGCCAAGGAAAAGAAAGCUAGGUCUUACCAGGACGACCUGAUGGAUGACGACGAGUGGCUGGAUAGCGGCGAGGAGGAUUUCGACAACGGAGAAGACGGUGAUAGCGACUCUGUGUUGGAGGAAGACGACAAGGAAUCGCAGUCGCCAACUGCUUGA